CUGUAAGCACUAUUCCAACAUGGAGGCUGGAUUCCGCUACCGUCCGCUGAUCUUUUGUCUGGCUUUGGCCGCCGUGCUGGGCUCGGUGCUCGGGCUCGGUGAGGACCUGGACCGGCCUCUCAUCGGGCCUCCCGGUUCUCCCAUCCUGCUCGACGGGUCUGACCCGGGGCUGAAGAAGGCUCUGCAGUUCGCCGAGGAUCACUACAACCGGGGCUCGAACGCCAUGCACCUCCGCAGGAUCAGCCGCUUCGUGUCCGCGACCAAACAGCUGGUUAAGGGAAUCCGCUACACAAUAACAGUGGAAGUGAGUAAUACUCAGUGCAAGAAAUCCACCAUGCUCCGAACAUGUGACUUCUACCCGCAAACACCGAAACUCAAGACGGAGCUGUGCAUGUUUGAAGUGUGGGACAUUCCCUGGCAGGGCACUUCGACUCUGCUCAAACAGAAGUGUCAACCUAAAGUUCAAUUGCAAGAGAAGGAGACCAACGAGGUGGAGGAUCUAUCCGCAAAACCGCCUAUGGAGGAGUCUGUGGAGCUGCUGGGACAGUUCAAAGAGUUUAUGGUGAAGUACAAUAAGGUGUACGGCAGCCAGGAGGACGUAGACCGUCGUCUGAGCAUCUUCCAUGAGAACCUCAAGACUGCUGAGAAGCUCCAGUCUCUGGAUCAGGGCUCAGCAGAAUAUGGAGUCACUAAGUUCAGCGACUUGACAGAGGAGGAGUUUCGCUCUACAUACCUUAAUCCGCUCCUGAGUCAGACAAACCUCCAUCGAACAAUGAAACCGGCCUCUCCUGCCCAAGGUCCCGCCCCGGCAAGCUGGGAUUGGCGGGAUCAUGGAGCCGUCAGUCCUGUGAAGAAUCAGGGUAUGUGUGGAUCCUGCUGGGCCUUUUCUGUCACUGGCAACAUUGAGGGCCAGUGGUUCCUGAAAAAUGGAACUCUGGUGUCACUGUCUGAACAAGAGCUGGUUGACUGUGACGGUUUGGACCAGGCGUGCAAAGGAGGGCUGCCAUCAAACGCUUAUGAAGCCAUUGAGAAGCUGGGUGGCCUGGAGACAGAGACUGACUACUCCUACACUGGGAAGAAGCAGAACUGUGACUUCGCUACAAAGAAAGUAGCUGCAUACAUCAACAGCUCUGUGGAGCUGUCCAAAGACGAGAAGGAGAUUGCAGCUUGGCUUGCUGAAAAUGGACCAGUCUCUGUGGCUCUGAAUGCUUUUGCAAUGCAGUUCUACAAGAAGGGUGUUUCUCGCCCCAUGAAGAUUUUCUGCAACUCAUGGAUGAUCGACCACGCUGUGCUGAUGGUGGGAUAUGGAGAACGUAAAGGCAUCCCCUUCUGGGCCAUCAAAAACAGCUGGGGGGAGGAUUAUGGAGAGCAGGGUUACUACAACCUGUACAGGGGGUCCAAUUUAUGUGGAAUCAACAAGAUGUGCUCGUCGGCUGUGGUCAAUUAAAGCACUACCCUCAUAUUAUUAUAAUGGUGUUCAUCCAAACACGCACACACAGGUGGUUGCACCUCUCCACUGGUCACACACACAUUAAGAUCCUGCUGAGGCUCUAUUUCCGUUAAAUCAGACCAGCGUUCCUCCUCCACGUCUAACUCCUGGUUCCAAGUUACAAGAAAGAUACCAGCUCUAAUAAAGCUAGCUUUGCUAAGAUAUGUUAUGAUAAUUUUAAUUCAAGUGCAUUUAGUUUUUGUGAACGUUUAAUUCCGUUAAUUCAGUCAUUGCGACUGCAGUGUUUUAUGCAGUGUUGGUUUUUAACCCAUCUCUCCUCAAAGUUACUGGGCCCAUGUUUGAUGAGGUGUGUGCACUAGUUGUUGCUAGUAGUCUGUCUUGUCUGUUUUGUUUUGUUAGCAGUAUUUGUGCUGAAGUGGUUCUUGAGAGGUUCUUUUAAAAGAAAAUUGUGUUUUUAUGAUGGAAUGUUUUGCACAUUACUACAUAACUGCAGUGCACUGUAAUAACUGCUGUAAGACAAUGAUGAGAAAUGUGUGAAGGUUGAAUAAAAAACAUUGUUGAAUCCUA